AUGGUAGACCAAUAUUUUACUUCUCAUAAGUUAUCCAAAAGUGCUAAUGGAAAGAUGGUUAGUUCAAUUGUCUUGAACAGUAAAUUUUGGCAAGACUGUCUUACCACUGUGAAAAUUGUUGGUCCUUUUAUUAAGUUGUUGAGGCUUGUUGAUGCUGAUGAAAAACCCUCUUUGAGAAUCGUGUAUGAAGGCAUGCAAAGAGAAAAAAAGGCUAUCAAGACCAUGUUCAGAAAUCGGAAAGCUGCUUAUACGCCAUACACGAGUAUCUUGAAAAUAAGUUGGGAUAAGCAUUUGAAGCGUGAUCUCCAUGCGGCAGCGUACUUUUUAAAUCCGGGCAUUUUCUACAGUGAGGGUUUUGUUGAGAAGGCAAAUGUUUUGAGAUCUUUACUUGAUUUGCUUGAUGUUGAAACACUUUGUGAUGACUCAGUUGCUGCAAUGCAAGAGAUACAGCUGUAUCGAGAUUGUAAAGAAAGUUUUGGGAGGAAAAGUGCUAAGAGAGCGGCAUCAAGACUCGAACCUAGUGAAUGGUGGAGGCUACACGGUGGGAGUGCUCCUAAUUUGCAAAAAAUGGCAGUUUGUCUUCUUCAUCAAACCUCUUCUUCAUCUGGAUGUGAGAGGAACUGGAGCCUUUUUGAACAAAUCCAUUCAAAGAGGAGGAACCGAUUAGAGCAUCAAAGGUUAAGUGACAUUGUUUAUGUCACCUAUAACCUACGCCUUCAAUCUAUGUUGCAUCGAAAGAAGAGGAAUUAUGACCCAAUUGACAUUCAAAGCAUUGACACAGUAGAUUUUUGGGUAAUGACAGAUGAGGAUGAUCCUGAAUUUACUAAUGAAGAUGUUGAAGGCAUUGAAAGUUUAAUAUACACUGAUAAUGCUAUGCCUUCGUAUCCUAAUGAUGGUGGAGACAUGGAAGUUGAAGUGGAUAUGCCUGAUGUUGUAAUUCAAUCCUCAAAUACUUCUUUUGGUGGUAUUUCUGAAGAUGCUGGCUUUGGAUUACCGAUUUAUGAUGGAGACAUCGGAACACUUAAUGAUGAUUAUGACUUCUGA